AAACGUCAAACUGUCAAACCUUAUUUCAGUUUACUGUUGGGUUAAAAAAUUUAUUUAUUUGGUGUAUUGAAUAACUAAAAACACAAAUAUUACAAGCUAUUCUAAGCUAUUUUUCACAAAAACUAGUGCUACUUCGAAACUUCAAAAUGGCAAGUUCAGGAAAAGGCACUUUUCAACCGGAUUCUGAUGUUCAUAUAUCAUUCGAAGAUCAACAGAAAAUAAACAAAUUCGCAAGAUUAAAUGCUAAGGUUGAUGACAUAAAACAAGAGCUCAAAACGAAGCAAAACGAUUUAAAAAAUCUGGAUGAGGCAGUGGACGAAUUAGGUCUUGCUGACGAUACAGAGAAAAUUCCUUACCUAAUUGGCGAGGUAUUCGUAUGCCAAAGCUUGGAGGAGACCUUAAAAUCUUUGGAGGUCACAAAAUCAAAGAAGGAUGAUGAAAUAAAAGAAUUGCAUGCAAAAUAUGCUGAACUGAAGUCUCAGAUGGGAGAACUGAAAGUACACUUGUACGGCAAGUUUGGAAGUCACAUUAAUUUGGAAAAUGAGGAGGAUUAGAUACUGCAAGAUGCUUUUUCUAACUCUUAAUGGUAAUUUUCUUAUUAACUUUAAAUAACAAACUAAUUUAUGAAAAUGAACAUAUUUAAAUAUUUCAUCACUAAAUUAAGUGUAUAAAAGCAUACGUGUCAGUUCAAUUUUUUUUGUAAUUAUAGUAAAACUAAUAACCUACAGUUUGGUAUGCCCAGUUUAAAUAACAUGGUUAGUUUAAAUUACAAAUUAUGGAAAAUAAAACAAUCUUUGUAUAACCAUAUAUUUAUCACAUGAUUAGCAGGAACAGAACAAUUAACCAAACUAAAUAAAAUGUAUACAUAUAAGUACUGUUUCAUUAAAUAUAUACAAAGACAUUUGAUAUUCAAUUCUAACAAAAUGUCAAAAAUUGUAUAAUAAAAACACACUAUUAAUUACUACUCACAAACUUUAAUUUUCCAUAUUUUAAUGACACAUUUUGCAUAAAAAUGGUUUGUUCAGGUAAUACUAUUCAAAACCUUUGUAAUAGACAAUUUGUGCAACAAUACUAAAGUAAGUAAUAACCAUAUAUCUUAAAAGAUUUCUUUGCAAAUAAUCUGUUUCAUAUUUCUAAGAUACAGCAAUUUACAUAAAUGUUGGACGAAUUUUAUUUUUAUGUAAGAUUUCACUAUAUUAUGGUGGAAAUGUUGAUAAACAAAUAAUACUGCACUCUCUUUAUAAUUGCUAUAAAAUAAAUAAAUUGUACUAGAGAUUGAA